CUGAUAAGAUCUAAAUCGUCAUGCUCCCCCUUUUUUUUUUUGGUUUUAUGCCAAUGUCUGCAAGUAAUGAUAAGAUAGUCUCAUGGUGAUUUCAAUCUUUUUAAAUAUAAACAACUAUAUAUCAAAAGAACAGUGACCCAUAGAAAGAUCAUUCUUUCUAAACUUAAACGUGGUUUAACUUUUAUGUAUGUAAAGUGGCACAAUUAAUAUUCUGCUCGCUCAACCUCGGCCAAUGGUCAUGGUCACUUCAACAGUUUGUCAAACCUUGUCGUUGAAGAAGGUUGUCAUAAUCAAUUAUUUUCAAUUUGUCGACAAUCAGAUAUACUAAACUUACUUUAUGAGUUUGUCCUCAUUUUUAUAAACAAUAUUUCAUUAUUUCAUAAUAAAAGAGAAGAUGUGCUCUAUGCUGUCUACAGUCUUUCUCUUUCUCCAUCGAGCUUUUGUCUUCUUUGGAACAAAGAAAUAUAAUGAGUUUGAUAUGCUUUAUAUGGAAAUGUUUACACUUUUUUUUAUUAUUAUUUUUAAUUCCACGUGUGCACCAUCUAUAGAUCUAUUGUAGUGUAUAGGCCAUCGAUCAGCGGUUUACGUCGAAAAGAGGGUUAAAGAGAAAAAAAAUUGAUAUAUAUAUAUAUAGACAUGAUCAUGCAACCUAAAUGAUUUCUAGAUUAUCC